ACGAAGUGUCAAAAGACCCUAGGAGUUCUUCCUUAUAAUUAUUAUCAUUACUAACUUACUAAAUAUAAACUGCUACUGUCUCAUUCAGUGACUGCAGAUAUUGGCUUAUCCUCUGGUUGCCUAGCAACGCCGACUCAGGAAACGUGGCGGGCUAUAUUUUUUGUGCUGUGUAAUGCCACAUUUAAAGGAACAAACAAACACAUCAUGAGGCUACAGUGAAUUUAUUAUUAGCACAACAUUUCUAUCGUGCAAGGUAAGGUAUUGUUUUUUUUUAAUUUUAACAGCGUGUGUUUACGGUUAAAACCGCGACACUGACGGCGGAGCUCGGCUUUAGGACCCAGUGAGCGUGCGGCGGCAGCAGCAGCAGACAGACACCGGUUGAUGUGAGGUUGGUGAUGGUCCAAUCUGCAUUACACAUCUAAUUACUCCACAGAGAGCCGUGGCGCGGUCAGGACAGAGUUGGUCGGCGGUAAACUUGCGGUGAAGAAGGGGGGAGCCGUCAACAGCGGGGAAGCGAGAGCAUUUUUCCGGCCUCUGUCAAGACGACCUGUCCGUCGCUUGUCUCACCGGCGACAACCAUGAGCCAGAGGUUCACCGUCUCCAAGAGCGACGGCGAACGGCGCCCCUCCGACAUCCAGGGGGAGGUGAACCAGCUCUUUGAGGGGGACGAGCCCUCGGCCAGCGGCGGGGCAGAGGUCGAGGAGGACGCCACCGAUGCCGAGGUGGUGGUGGUGUUGAAAGGUGACAGUAAUCCCAAGGAGAGCAGCCCCUUCAUCAACAGCAGUGAUGUUGCCGCUGAAAAGAGCCAGCAGUAUGACGGCAAGCACAUGGCCUUGUUUGAGGAGGAGAUGGACACCAGCCCCAUGGUCUCAUCUCUUCUCAGCAGCCUGGCCAACUACUCCAACCUGCCCCAAGGUAGCAAGGAGCACGAGGAGGCCGAGAACAACGAGGCCGAAUCGUCACGCAAGAAACCUGUCAAGGCUCCACAGCUCGGCACUCUGAUGGGCGUCUAUCUGCCGUGCAUCCAGAACAUCUUUGGAGUGAUCCUCUUCCUCAGGAUGACCUGGUUGGUGGGAAUCGGAGGAGUCAUUGGGACCUUCGUCAUUGUUUUCAUGUGCUGCACCACAACCAUGCUGACUGCCAUCUCGAUGAGUGCCAUCGCUACCAAUGGAGUAGUGCCAGCUGGAGGCUCCUACUACAUGAUAUCCCGUUCCCUGGGUCCGGAGUUUGGAGGAGCAGUGGGGAUCUGUUUCUACCUGGGGACCACCUAUGCUGGAGCUAUGUACAUCCUGGGGGCCAUCGAGCUCCUCCUGAUCUACAUAGUUCCCCAAGCAGCCAUCUUUCCCUUGGAAGGACUGGAAGGUGCCGAAGGGGAGGCGGCCCUGCUCAACAACAUGCGGGUUUACGGAACCAUCCUGUUGACCUCCAUGGCCACGGUGGUGUUUGUUGGCGUAAAGUAUGUCAACAAGUUGGCCCUGGUGUUUCUGGCUUGUGUCAUUCUCUCCAUCCUGGCCGUCUACGCCGGCGUCAUCAAGACCGCCGUCGAGCCUCCUGUGUUCCCUGUGUGCCUCUUGGGGAAUCGCACUUUGGUGUGGAAGACCUUUGACGUGUGUGCCAAAACUAUGGAGACGGCGAAUGGGACAGUGACUACCCAGCUGUGGCGCAUGUUCUGUGAUUCACCUCUCCUCAAUGCUACCUGCGACAAGUUUUUCGCCGCCAACAAUGUGACCCAGAUCCAGGGCAUCCCAGGAGUCACCAGCGGAAUCCUGGCAGAGAACCUGUUUGGGAACUACUAUGAGAAGGGAGACCUGAUUGCCAGGAUGAACAUGGAGUCAGUGGCAGAGCAGGACGUUCCUUUGACCAGCGCUAACCGCUAUGUGUUGGCCGACAUCACAAGCUUUUUCACACUGCUGGUCGGCAUCUAUUUCCCCUCUGUGACAGGGAUCAUGGCGGGCUCGAACCGCUCCGGAGACCUGCGUGAUGCUCAGAAGUCCAUCCCUGUUGGAACCAUUGCAGCCAUCACCACCACAUCCUUUGUCUACAUGACCAGCGUGAUUCUGUUUGGCGCCUGCAUCGAGGGUGUUGUCCUCAGAGACAAGUUUGGGGAGGGGGUGCACGGGAACCUGGUGAUUGGCACAUUAGCUUGGCCGUCACCGUGGGUGAUCGUGAUUGGGUCUUUCUUCUCCACCUGCGGGGCCGGACUGCAGAGUCUGACUGGAGCUCCCCGGCUCCUGCAGGCCAUCGCCAAGGAUGGCAUCGUGCCCGCCCUUCGGAUCUUUGGCCAUGGGAAGGCCAAUGGGGAACCCACAUGGUCGCUCCUGCUAACAGCUUGUAUCUGCGAGAGCGGCAUCCUCAUUGCCUCCCUGGAUGCAGUGGCUCCCAUCCUCUCCAUGUUUUUUCUGAUGUGCUACAUGUUUGUGAACCUGGCCUGUGCCCUGCAGACGCUGCUGAGGACUCCAAACUGGAGACCUCGCUUCAAGUUCUACCACUGGACUCUGUCCUUCCUAGGAAUGAGCUUGUGCCUCACUCUCAUGUUCAUCUGCUCCUGGUAUUAUGCCAUUGUCGCCAUGGUAAUCGCCGGCUCUAUCUACAAGUAUAUUGAGUUUGCAGGUGCGGAGAAAGAGUGGGGUGAUGGGAUACGAGGUCUGUCGCUGAGUGCCGCGCGUUACGCCCUCAUGCGCCUGGAGGAAGGUCCACCGCACACCAAGAACUGGAGGCCUCAGUUGCUGGUGCUGGUCAGCACAGACGGUGAGCAGAAUGUGGAGCAGCCUCGUCUGCUCUCUCUGACCAAUCAGCUGAAGGCAGGGAAGGGUCUGACUAUCGUUGGCACAGCUUUGGAGGGAACUUACCUGGAGAACAGCGACCAGGCGCAGCGUGCAGAGCAAGCCCUGCGUAAACUGAUGGAAACGGAGAAGGUGAAGGGUUUCUGUCAAGUGACUGUGUCUUCAAAUCUGCGCGACGCUACAUCCCAUCUACUCCAAGCCAGUGGGCUGGGAGGCUUGAAACAUAACGCUGUGCUGGUCUCCUGGCCCCGCAACUGGAAGCAGGGAGAUGAGCAUCAGACCUGGAGGAACUUUGUCGAGCUGGUCAGAGAAACCACAGCUGCUUCCCUGGCUCUGCUCGUCCCGAAGAACAUCGCGGCUUUCCCGUCCAAUGGCGAGCGCUUUAGUGAGGGCCAUAUUGACGUAUGGUGGAUCGUCCAUGAUGGAGGCAUGCUGAUGCUCCUGCCCUUCCUCCUCCGCCAACACAAGGUGUGGAGGAAGUGCAAGAUGCGCAUCUUCACCGUGGCCCAGUUGGACGACAACAGCAUUCAGAUGAAGAAGGACCUGACCACAUUCCUCUAUCACCUCCGUAUCGACGCCAUGGUGGAAGUUGUGGAAAUGCACGACGGCGACAUCUCAGCUUACACCUACGAGAAGACCCUGGUGAUGGAACAACGGUCGCAGAUGCUCAAACAAAUCAACCUGACCAAGACUGAGCGGGAGAGAGAAAUCCAGAGCAUCACUGAUUCAUCCCGUGGGUCUAUCCGCCGCAAACACCCGGCCGCUGUGACCACCCAGCUGAGUGUGACGGAGGAGCCGCCAGCAGCCAGCAAGGAGGAGAAGCCUGAGGAAGAGUCAAAGUCGGCCUCUCCCCCUGUGUCCUCCUCUGCUCAGGUCCAGCUCAUCCAUGACAACACCACGCCCGCCAGCCCCGCCACCCCAGCCACCCCGCUGACCCCCACAGAGGCGGCUAAGAGCCCCGGGGAGCAGGUCCAGAUGACUUGGACUGAGAAGUGCGACGGCGAGCCUGAAAAACCACCCGGCGCAGCCACACCAGAGGGCAUCAAAGACAUCUUCAACAUGAAGCCGAACCAGUCCAACGUGCGGCGCAUGCACACAGCACUUAGGCUGAAUGAAGUCAUCAUCAAGAAGUCCUCCGAGGCCAAGCUCGUGCUCCUCAACAUGCCCGGGCCGCCGAAGAACCGGACAGGUGACGAGAACUACAUGGAGUUCCUCGAGGUCCUCACUGAAGGUCUCAACCGGGUUCUCCUGGUCCGCGGAGGCGGCCGCGAGGUCAUUACCAUCUACUCCUGAAAGAGCAGCUCCUCCCCCGCUGCCUUCCCUCCACCCUUCCCUCAGUCCUGUUCCUCUGUUCCUGUGCUCCUCCUCCUCCUCCUCCUCCUCCCUCAUCAACGCUGCAUCAUCGCCAUCAUGACGCCCCCUUCCCUGAUAAUUUCUGUGUGAUAAUCCUCAUCAUAGCUCAGCUCAGCUUCAGCACCGGUGAGCAGAAUCACAUGCUCUUGCAACUAAAACCCUUCAUUUUACUCUCAUAUGCUACUGUGUUUAGAUGCGGUCUAGAUUUGUUCUUAGAGACACCCCCACCCCCCACCCCUCCUUUGGUAAUCUGUAAUCUACUGUAGUAACUAGCACUCAGUGAGGAGGAGGAGGAGGAAGAGGUGUUGUGAGUUGAUGGCUGACGUGUGAGUGCACCUGCAUGUGUGUCCGUCUUUGUUUUAAUCUCUGAAGACGAUUCUUCCUUUCUUUAUUUUUCAAAAACAAACGUGUGGCAGAGAGGCUGCUGACGAAGGAGAGCUGAGAGCCGAAGUGAGCUCCAUGUAGGUUUGAUUUGCUCAGUCUUUGCCUGGGGAUUAUCCUUUAAAGGCAAAAAGACUCGGCUACCUACAGCCAGGACCAGCUACUGUAGAAGAAAAAAGAAGAAUAUAGUUUUCAGCGUUUCAGUACGAACUGUAAAAUCCACACUGGUCAUCACAGACUGUAAAGGCCCGUGGAUCAUGGAGCCUGUGGUAUGAUCUUUAACUUGCUCACUCCUUAGCAUGAAAUCCUUAUAACCGUGUGUGUGUUCUUAACUCCACUUGUUUUGUCUUUCUACUCACCCUCCGAUUAUCUCACCCUCUUAGUGGCUCUUCAUCUAUAAUGGCCACUGUUAGUGCCAAAAAAAACAAAAACAACAGAAGAAAAAGAGGCUAGCUUUAGUCUGUAGAGAUUAACACGUAAUUAAACUGUGAAUAAUGCAUUUCCUAGCAGAAGGAUGGUGUGACAGUGGAGAGGAGCGAGCGUGUACAACAUCUCCCACCCUCGCCCCCCAAAAAAACCACACACACACCCACCCGAGGAGAUCACCAUUGCCAGCACCCUUUUGAACCUCGUGUGGAUCACUGUAAAUAAUGUAUGAGCUCUGGCGCGUUGUUCAGUACGAGUGUCGGGUUUUUUUUGUGACAUACGUAACACCACUUUGAUUUAUCUAUUUAUUUAUUUAUCUAUUUAUUUAUUUGUACAUUGGCUUUAUUUAUUGGUUGGCCGUCGGCUCCUGUCGCCUCGGCAACCGUCACCACACCAAGCACUGCGCCUGCACUGUCUGCCCACUGUGCGAACAACGUGAAACUUUGACGACGUCAUCGGGACCACUGCUAAGUGUUAUUUCUUUCACGGAGAGGGCAGAUAUGUCCUUUACGUUUAUAGAUGUAGACGAAGUUUCACACGUCGAUGAUCAUAUAUAUCGUUUGUUUGUUUUUGUUCGGUUGUCGCUCAAAGACACCGCUCAAUCACUGUUUUUUUUUGCCAAAUUUCCAAAUGUGUUCAAUGUGCCAUAUCAAAGUAUUUUUUAAAGAGACAUAGUGAACAAAACAAAAAUUCUAUGGGUGGACGGAGGCGUCAAAGUGAAACUAGCCCAGUGAUAACACAGUGGUUGGAAUAGUCGUAUAGAUGAUGAAAGAAUAGAUGUUCAGACCUUUAGUGAAAGCAUCAAACUGUUGUUUUCGUCAGGUCUCAGUGCAGCGAGGACAGUGUCUCCUGUAGCUAGGAAACUCACUUUGUCCACAGGACUGAACUCUAUGCAGUAGACUCUCCAGUGAGACUUUUUUAAUCUAAUCCAGAUUGGCUGAGGUUUGAGCCACACACACACACACACACACACACACACACACGCACACACACACACAUAUACAUCACAGACUUGAAUGACUUGUGAACAAAAAUCAUGCUUAGGUUCAAAAAGAAGAACAAAAUGGGAGGGGAAAGUAAAGUGCAUCUAGGAAGGAACGUGCAAUAGUGGAAAUCCGGACUCAUGUGAUCAUGUUAUUUAUUUUUUUAACACAUAAUAUUUUGUAUAUGUAGAUUUCGUACGUCUUAUAAACUCCAGAACCAUCUCACUCUGACCAAGGACGGCUGUCACUUUACGUUAAACGAGUUCCUUUCUUCAAAGAAACUGUCGUUGGUCAUUUGCACUUGUAGUAGAAAUAUAAAUAUUACACAGAAUCUUAUAUAUAUACAGUAUAUAUAUAAAUAUAUAGUAUAUAUAUAUAUAUAUAUAUAAAACAUGGUAACGCAAAAGAAACUAGUUUCUAGGACUAUUUAAAAAAAACAAACGUAUUAAAUAAAUGUUUUCAGUGUUGCUUGAAUGUCGGACCGUAUGUUGUGAAUGCUGCUAGUAUCAAUAGAUUUAUUUGUACUGUAAAUAGAGACGACUAAAGCAACAGUGAGAAGGGUAAAGACAUACAUAUCAGCGGCGGUGGUUGACAUGCUUGUACCUGUAAACAUUUGGCUUGCUCUCUCUCUCUCUCUGGACAGGGUUUCUGUGUUAUUUGAAAAACUAUACUGAAAAACCGUGAUGCAAUACUAAAGCCCGAGAGCAAACUCCUCACACACCCCCCACACACACCCUAAUCCCUUUUACAAAACAAAUACUCUAUAUCUUUAACCCCAGAUUAUCCCCAGGUGGCCAGAUUAUCAAUUCACCUGAAGAAAAUGCCAAAAGAUUUUUUUCAAUAAGAACAUUUCUGCUUAAAUUUGCUGUUUGGGAAACCUGUGACACCUGUGACACUUACGAAGCAGCCACUCCUCGUUUUCUAACAAUCGGUGCCAAGUCAUGAGGAUUCUUUUCUUUGUGAAGCUCACACAGAGGUUGUGUCGUGCUUUUUUAGGUUUUUGGAGAACACGGCUGUUUUGGGAUCAUCUCCACAACAUUGCCUGCAUCAACUGAGCCUUUAAAAUUUAUUCAAAAGAGGAAAAAAAAAAAAGUUUAUUGGAGAUGAUUAUUGGAGAUGAAUUUAUUUAUUGGAUUAUAAAUGUUUUAUAAUUGCUGUUUGCAUGGUACUAUGUGGCAGUAUUUGUUUCCGUGGUUUCUAUAGUGACGACUUUAAUGUUCAAGGUGGGGGGGGAGAGGGAGGUCAAACGUUCUCGUUGACCUUGGCGACGAAGUCUUUUGCAAAAAAAAAAAACAAUGAGUAAAAAUAUGAGUUCACUAUAUUGUUCCUUGUUCUAUUUCAAUCUUGCUCAAGUAGUCUUAUGUCAUUGUAAUAGGGGAUUUUGAGUUUGCGAGUGAAUGGGCCACAGGACCGGUCAUUUCACCUUUUGUAAAUAUCAGUCACCUGAGUCAGAGACACUGUAACCCGCGCUCCUGUUGUCUUUCGUUGUACACUGUUCUAUCACUGUGGACAAAGUCUUAGAGUUUUGUAAGAUGACGUGCAAUAUUGUUCUCACUCUUAUCUUCUCUGUUAUCGUUUCAUUUUUGCCACAGCUUUAUUUUAAUGCUCAGAAACAAGUGGAGGUGUCAGCAGUCAAAGCACUUAUUUCACCUGAAUGUUUGUCAUCAGGGUUCAGUUUAACUGACCCUGAAGUGUUUGAAAGUGUUCAUUCCAAACGUGGCUGAGACAGCAAAGCACUUUAACCAUGAGGGGGCGCUCUGUGGCAGCAUAAGUGUGCAGGCUGAGGGGGGGGAAGCUGAGCAGGAGUCAGUCUGCUCUGUACUGGCUCUCCCACAGUGACCUCUGGUGGCACACGAGUGUGUUACAGCCAGCUGUAGCGUUGGAACAGCUUAGACUAAAUCCCAUCAUGUGCUGCAGUUUUGAUCAGCAGACACACGUACCUGCUGGACUUUUUCUUUUUUCUUUCCAUCCUUGAGCCGUUUUCUUCACCUCUCCGCAUGCAUCACAUUCUUUUUUUUUCUCUCUCUUGCCAAACUUCUUUAAAAAGAAUAAUAGUAACUGUUCAAUUUAUAGUGCUUGUCACUCAAAUCUGUGAGGUGAGCCUUCCCAGAAUCCCCACAUCCCCACCCACCCUGUCUGCCCCUGGUUGCCCUGGCCUCCCCAUCCCAGCCACUCAGUCCACCCCAGCUCUGUAUUUUAAAUGUGACUGCAGUAUAAUUAUUUAAGAAGAAAAAAAAAAAAGAAAGAAAACGAUCAAAGAAUAUAAAACUCGCGCUUCCAAACCUGGCACUGGCUCUGCUUGCUCAUCACAACACAGCCGACUCGGGGGAAACCAGCACGUCCCCUCUCCCCCAAACUGAUCCAUGAUUUUAGAUCAGAUCCUUCGCCUGCACAACUGUAGCAUGAGACGAACUCGCCGGUGAUCAUUACUCAGUCUCCAUCCUUACAUGGAUAUCAAGGGCUCUGAAACACAUCUGUUACCGGAACGAGGAGGCUUUCCUUUAUGACACCAACAGAGGGGAAAAAACUUGCAAAAAGAUUCAAGAGAAAAAAAAAAAUAUAUAUAUAAUCCCAGAUUUUACUGCUGAGAGGUCACACAGUCUGAAGCUCGGGUUAAGAUUGUAUCCUUCAGUAUGUUCACAGAAGACAGAUGUGCCUGAUGUUGGCUGUAAAACAGCUGCACUUCCAUUUCACACAGUCAAGCUCUCUGGGAAUCAGAUAAGAAAAAACUCGAGUGGCUGUGAGUGGAGUUCAAGCAGAGCCACGUUCCAGUAAUGUUGUGUAACUCAGUGCAUGCAUGCAAUUACCCUGAACAAGGUGUAUUGAAAUUAUAUUGGGUGUUUGUGGUAUAAAAGUUUUUUUUUUUUCCCUUUCUUUUAUUAGUUAGAAACGUUCCUUUCAAGUGGUUUUUGUUUUGUUUUUCUUCUUCUCCUUCCUUAGGACAGGCCAAUCAUUGUCUCGAAAGAUGAUUAUUAUAGUACAAGAUUCUAUUUUUAUGGUAGAUUUGUUGAGGUGUCAAAUAUUAUAUCUUCACAUGAACUGAUUACCAAAGUAUAUUUCAGUUGACGGCAUAAAUGACAGUGUGACAAUUGUGUGCUCCAGUGAAUUAGACAGACCAGUGAGUAUUUUUGUUUACCUUGUGCAUUCAUCAGUUGAUAAGAGUUUUAAAAAAAUAAAUCAAUAAUAAUUGGAAGUGCCAAAAAAUAUUACAUGUGACGAGUGAUUUCCUGCAUGGAAAAGGUGGCACGAAUCUUAAAAAUCUGCCCCCAUUUCACUCACCAGCUGUGAGUCAUUCACUUUUAAUGUCACAUCCAGACAGACCUUUUUAAGAAAAAAAUUUAAGGAAAAUUUAAGGAAACACCCUUCUAAUUUUGUUAAUACAAAGAUUGACAAACCUCAAAGUGUCCAGAGGAAGCAAAAUCCAUCAAUCAGCAUCUUUAAAUAACACAGAUUUGCAAUUUUUUUUCUUUUGAUUUGUUCAAUCCUAAAAUACUAGGUGAAUUUAAAGUCUUACACAGCAGCCAUUUAUAAAAAUGUACGCUUAAGAUUUGUGUGGUUUGACUAAUUGAUCCUUUUGCACAGCAGUUAAUUUAAGAAAAACAAAAACAGGCGUCACUGAUGUCAACGAUGGCUCUGUUCGGUUCCUGCGAGUCGGUGAAGUGCUACAGUGAGCCAGUGUGCACCCUGAAAUAGUGGAAUCCUAAUGGAACUCAGCCAUCGUUAACUUAAUCUUUCACACCUGUGAUCUGUCACUAAAUGGCUGCAGUGUUGGAGAGUUGUUGUUUCCUUUGACACCAUUUGACCUUUUGAGGAUCCAGUGUUCCUUUAAUAACCAGUUGGGAGGACAUUUUGUCAUAUUUAAUUCACUGGAGUUGUGGGAAACAUUUUAUAUGGAUGCUUUAAAAAAAAUGCAGCGAUGUAGAUUUAUACACGGGAUACAACUGUAUCCAAACAUCAAAUUGAUCCCCCCCCACACCCCCAAUCUGAACCGACCAUUUUACUCUUGAUACUGUACCUAGUCUUAUGGUUACACUGUAGUGCGUGUUCUUUUCAGUUCUGUGGGAGUGUGUAUGUGUGUACAUGUGCACUUGUAACUGCUGGGGGCAGGGGUGGCUGUGGGCGAGGGAGGGAAGGGGCUACGUGUAAAUAAAUCAAGUACAGUUAGUGUGGAAGUGUUUAUUUUUGUGUCAGUGUAAGUUAAAUAUUCUAAAAUAAAAUAAACAAAUGUAUUAUUCUCUAUUGUGUUUCAUGGUACAUUGAAAAGAGGAAAAAAAAAAAAGUAGUUUUAUCUUACAUUUCAAAUGCUUAUAUCUCUAUGGCUUCUGGCGAUACCCGUUCCAUUUUAUAGAUUUGUCAGCACAAAAUGCAAUAAACCAAUACCAUUUUAUUACA